GGGCGUGUGCGGCCGGCGACCGGGAGCUCGUCGAGCUGCUGCUGGAAUCCGGCGACGCGAUUGGGCAGGUGUCGCACGACGGCCGCUACACGCUCAUCCACUACGCCGCCGCCCACCCGACGGUGCUGGACGCGCUGCUCGAGCGCGGCCUCUCCAUUGACGCGGAGAACGCGCUGGGGGAGUCGGCGCUCGUGUCGCUCAUCUGCUAUGCCCAGGGCAUCAAUGCGGAGUUCGCCAUUCGCGAGGCGCCGCGGCCGUCCGAUGCGCCACGACUCGCUGCGCUGCCACAAGCAGCAAUGCGCAAUUACAUCCUCACGCCGCUGCAGCCGCUCGUCGCGUCGACAGCAAAGCCACUGAAGUCGUCCAGCGCAACAACCGGCAGCAGUGCAGUGGAGGGGGACUACCCCGCCUUUGCGCCCGACGCCGACGCGUGGUGGUACUUCGCGACCGGUAGCAACGCGUGGAUCAUGAUUCAGAAUCUCUGCGAGCGUGGCGCCGACGUGGACGGCAAUGCGCUGCGUGGUGAAUUGCGCAAAGUGGUGCGGCGCACUCUCGAUAACAAAAACUGCAUGUCGCCGACACCGCCGCCGCCGCUGCGGUACGGCUCCUCUGGCAGCAGCCCGUGGCUCUCUGACGAGCAGAGUGAUAGCCUGAGUGGGGGCGAUGCUGUUGCUGGCAGUGGCCGUAGUCCCCUAGGGCAUGCCUCUGGCGAGGAUCAAUUCUUUUUCCACCGCCAUGGCACGGGUGAUGGCGGCCGCGGCAGCGGCAACACCGACUGCCGCCCGAGCAUGCGGUACGUGACGCGGCUGACGCCGCUGAUGCACGCGAUUGUCGCGUACCACCCCGAGUUGAUUCGCCGCCUCGCGGUGGAUUACCGCGCGGACCCGAUGGUGCAGGAUGCGCACGGGGCAUGCGCGCUGCACUACGCCGCCCUCGCGCGGCACCCAAGUGUGAUGGAGCUGAUGCUCUCUUCAUACGUUGCCCCGACCCACGCGCACUUCGACAUCAACGCCCAGGACUGCCGUGGACGCACACCGCUGCAUUACGCCGCGGCGCACGGCAACGCCGGCGUUGUCCGUGUGCUGCUCGCCGCCGGGCCGAUGCUGCACGCCAGCACGACCGACUACGCUGGUCGCACGCCGCUGCAUCUCGCGGUGCUGGCGAGUGAAACUGCCGCGGUGGAGUUGCUGCUGCACCACACCGACGCUACCGCUGGGGCAGACACGAUGAGCACCGUGUCGGCG